UUGCAUCGCUGUGAUGAGAAUGGUUCUGAAUAUAUAUUGGAUUCCCCAGAAAUGAGCUCUGCCAGUAACAUUUUGGAUUCUGCAGGAGCAGUUGGGGUGUGUAAUAUGACCCGAAUUCAGCAUAGAAAUGGAAAGUAUGAUGCAGCAGAGAACGCGAUUGCUUCCUCUGGGAAAUCUUGUACACCAGCUCCUGCUUUUGAGUUUUGUGUUAGAUCGGAAGAUGGGAUCAACCUUAUUGUUGAUUUGGAUUCAAGCCUGUCAGACUGGCCUAUGAGACUGGAAAAUGAGGUGUUUACUUGUCAGAAUUUGCAGAAAAACAAAUUUCAAAGUUUUUGUCAGGAGCUUGAAUAUUUAGGAAACGGUAAGAAGGACAUAGAGAGUUCACUUCUCUGGAAUACAGAUUCAGACAAGAACCUGAACAACGGCCAUGUGCAUACUGACUCCUUGCUGAAUUUAAUUACGAAUGAAAAUGAUCAUGUGGGAUGUGGUCAACCACAGAGAGAGGACUGGUCACUGGGACUCUUGCCGGCAAAAUCAUGCAGUGGUUCUGCAGAAAUGUCUGCACAUUUGGAGGAAGGGAAAGAUGUUGCAGUCUUAUCUAGAUUUAGUUCUGAUGUACCAAACCAGAUGGUUCGUGAUACAAAAUCUUGUCCAACAGAUGAGGAAAAUAAAACUGCUGAUUCAAAUGUUUUUGGUGCUAUUCAGGUAAAAUUAGCCCGUGAUUCUGUUCAUAACUUGACAUCAGCUAGUAAAGGUCUUAACUUAUUGGAGGAUCAAAAUUCAAAGCUGCAUAGUGCUAAUUGUGGGAAUAUAUCAGUACAGAGCGCUUGCAGUCUUGAGAAACCAAGUGUGCAAUAUCCUGGAUGUUCAGUAACUGGUUCUGUGGAGAUGCAGCGGUCAGGAGAGGGAAGUCCCAUGAAAGAUCCAUCAUGUUCUCCUUCACUAGAUAAUUGUUCUCUGAAUUUGGUCGAUAAAGUAUACAAUGUGGAGGCAGGAGAUGGCGGAUUAGUUAUCUCCACUGAGAUUAACCAUGAUGCUUGCGUGAACUUCACACCAACAUCUUCUGAAAAAUGGAAAAUUGUAACGUCUUGCUGUCUGCAGGAAAGGGGGAGCCCUAUCAGCAGAACUGAGACUUCAGACAGCACAUUAGAGAAAAGGUCGGAGGACUUGAUAUCUGAUGGAGGACAUAAGAGGAGGCAUAAAGGUGAAUCUGACAUGCUUUAUGGCGAU